AACAACUAACUGUUCAACAGAUCAUAAUUAUUGAAAAUUUUAUAAAGAAUCCAAAUAUGCAAAAAUAUUUGAGGGUUUACGGUCGAAUUUACGAGUUAUAGUGAAAACUCUGACCAAAAAGGCGUCAAAUCGUUGUAACGUCACGGUAGAGUGUGUCUUGGUAAUUAAUCAGGUUCAAUUGAACAAGUGACAAAACUCUUAAGGUUAAAUAUAAAUUCCUCAAGAUGUUUAUAUUGAUUUAUUUUUUGUAUUCGGCUAGAUACAGGGGAUGGCCAAAAUGUUUGGGAUAGGCAACUUUUUUUCUCCCACAUAAAAAUUCAACAUGCUGUAACUUUUCAUAGGGUACAUAAAAAUAUCUAAAAUUUUGACUGUUUGUCCACCUAUUAUAUGUGCGUCAUUGGUACAAAUUUGGGCUCGAUUGAUUAAUUUUUCGCGAAGUUAGAACCGUUCGAGUAAAACAAUAUUAUUUAGACAACUAAUUUUUGAACUGUCAUAUCUCGGAAACCAGUGAACCGAAUUGAAUGAAUUUUUUAACGUUUACAGUCGGAACCCGCUCGUUGAGCCACAACCUACACCCAACCAACGAAUUCGAUUCGCUAGUUGGGUGAAGUGACAACAGCACAAGGGGCGUGCGCAUUGUUUUUUUUUUAAAAUCAUGUUUGAGUUGGAAGCAAAAAGGAAACAUUUUCAAUUUGUUUUACAUUUAGAGCAAAACUGAUACGUUUUGCAAGAUACAUAUAUGGCCAAUGCGAGAAAUAAUUAUUUUCACCCAUUUUCAGUCGGUAAAGUGAAAAUAUAGAUGUUUAUGAAACCACCCGGACCAAAAGCAAGCACAAAACACUUUCAAUGAUCGACAAAAUAAAGAUUGCCUAUGUUUUGUAUUUGUUUCGAAGUACACCGUGUCCAAUAAGUUCUCAUACAAAAUCAAAUUCAAUUCAUUUCGCAUCUGUAAUUAGAAUUUUCAAAGUAAAUUUAUUUAUUGAAAGGUCAACUAACACACACACACAAUGCAGCAUAUGUUUUAGAACUAACUGUCCUUUAUCCUUCUCUGCUGAUCGCUUAUGUGUCGUAAGUCCAAAUCAGCUGGCACGCACGCCAUUUCAUUGGUAUUUCGUCGUAUUUUAACGAGUAGUGAUUUCAAGUUAAAACAAAUUAGGUUCACGUCCUCCCCAUUGCUAGUAGCAACUAUGACCAGAAGAGAAAAAAUAUGAGAUCCUGUAUUGGUAAAGUACGAAGCCGUUUUAUUUUGUACAAAAUAUAACGUGAAUUAAACAAAAAUGUCCAUUUUCCUGUUUUAAUGAGAUAAGUUAUGUUAAAGGCGCAUGGGUGCAUCUUAUCUGGUUGAUUCACACCAUUCUCACUUAUAAAACAGACAUGCUUGUAUUCCUAUUGUGGUAAAUUUUGUCCAAUAUUUACGUUUUAUGAUAUGUAUCUCUGAUAUAAGGGUUAUUUUCAUGAAAAUCAACCCAAAUUGAGCUUUCUUGCAAAUUUCUUACCAUAUCAUAAUUAAAACUGUGUUUUUUAGCCUUAGUAUAUCCAUUUUGUAUAUAACUUGGGAUACAAAUUAAAAAUUUAUCCUUGUGGACUCGAUUUCGCUACCGUAGAACGAAAAACUUUUCGAACAUUUGUCUUGCGUGCCGGAGAAAACGAAUUUCAUAAAACGGAAGCGUACUGCUAGGCUUAUAAAAACAAAUAGAAAAUAAAGUUAUUCUAAUCCGUAUGCUUUAUUUAAUCAGUAUUAUGUGGCCUUUCAAUACAUGUAUUCAUUUUAAAAAUAUGAAUCACAUAUGUGAAAUAAAAUGAUAUUUUCUAAAUUUGUAUUUUGUAUGAGAAUUUAUUGGACACGGUGUAAUUGUAUAUAUUCUUUUUUUUUAAGAAAUAUGAAAUAGAUUUUUUUUUCUCGAUUAUCAGUAAAGUUUAAGCAACCAAAAACUCAUUAGCUCGCCCCUCGGAAUUACAGAUUGGUUGUCAUUUUCAGUUUGACAUUGAAUUAUGACAUCCAGGUACUUUUUAGUUGGCUGACAGCUCAACUAACGGGGCCCCAACUAAAAAGCCACCCAACUAUUAAGCCCCCAACCAGCGAGUCAUGACUGUAUCAACAAUAUAUUGAUACUUAAUACGACGUUAUAAAAUGUAAUAUUUUCUCACGGCGAAUUAAGUUAUACCGGAUUGAAAUUUUUACCCAUAUAGAGGCAAAUAAGUUAAAUUUACAAUACCACACAAAAAUUACUAAAUGUGUCCUUCCUUCAAUCUAAAUAGGCUCUAAUAUAUCUGAUUAGAGAUAACUUGGGAACAGAAGUGGAAAAUCUUUUGAUAUCAACACUAAAAUUUAUUGACAUUGAUGUAAAAAUAUUACAUUUUUUCGAGAAAAAUCCAAAAAGUGUCAAUCCAUGAUAACUUUUUUCAACGUUUAAAAAGUACCUAUGUUUUAAUAGCUUGUGAAGCAUUUACAUAUUGUUAGUGUACGUUUAAAAUUUCAUUCAAUUCGGUUCACUGGUUUCGGAGAUAUGACACCUCAAAAAUGAGAUGUCUGAAAAAUAGUGUUUUACCCGAACGGUUCUAACUUUGCGAAAUAUUAAUCAAUCGAGCCCAAAUUUGUACCAAUGAUGCACACAUAAUAGGUUGACAAACAGUCAAAAUUUGAGAUUUUUUGAUGCGCUCUAUGAAAAGUUAUAGGUUGUUGAACUUUUUUGCGAGAGAAAAAAAGUUGCCUAUCCAAAACAUUUUGGCCAUCCCCUGUAGUUUACAGUAUGCACUGUGUACAAAAACUUACUCGGUUUGUAUCAAAUUGAAUGAGUUGUAGCAGAAAGUGGGCAAAAUAGGACACCCUGUCCAAAGGGCUUGCACCCUACACUGCAUAUACCCAAUUCUUCUUUUGCACGGGUUGAUUUUUGCCAUAACUCAGUCAAUUUUUAACCAAUCCACAUUAAAAUUUGUACACAGGGCGACACGGUUAGUACUAUCUCUGUACCGAAAAAUCAAGCCAGUAUGUUGAUACACACAGCAAUUUUGAGGAAAUGCUAUCGUUCAUUUUGCAUUAUGUCAAGGGAAUUUCCCACAAAAAAAAUCGCAAAAUUCUCGGACCGAUCGAAAAUUGAACCCAUCACCCUCAGCAUGGUUUUGUUGAAUACUCGCGAGUUUACUGCUCCGGCUAUAUGUGUUCUACCUGUGCAUCAUCAGAACUCGUAUAGAUAUUUUCUUUCAAACAAGUUACCAUCAACGUACCAGUAGCCGCUCAUGCACCAGAUUCCGCUCACUUCCAUACAAAACAUUUAUUUCAUUAUCCUUUUCUUGAAAGUUUAUUUUUUUUUCUGACUGUUAUCACUCCGUCAACAUAUUUAUUGAAAUAAAAUGAGUUAUCUUGUACAAAAUGUGCUUAGAUUUCGAGAUAUGUAUUUUUUUCAGUGGCACGGUCAUUGAAAAUGACAGCGUCGCCAUCUUGUUAUUGUUUGCACGAAGAAGCUCGGUCACAAAAAUAAAGCAGUUUUAGUAGAUUUUCUUCGAGUUUUCGUGUCAAAUUGCCUGCAGGUACGUAGUUUCAAACGAAUAAAGGAAUGCAAGUGCAUUAUUUCAACAGUAAAAUCAUGUUUUGGUGGCUUUUGCCACUAAAAAUGAUGAGCGGUUUUCUGGUCCGCCAAACAAUGCCAGUGUGCCAAUUGACGCUCAAUGUAUGCUCUACUUCUGUUCGAUUUAGGAUGCCACCGAUCAAAAAAAAGGUGUAUACUGCUCAGGCAGUUGCAUUUGCGUUAGAUGCAGCAAAGCGUGGCAUGUCCAUACGGCAAGCAGCGGCCCGCUUUAACGUCCCUGCUGGAACAUUGAGGGACAGACUUCGGAACAAGUAUGGCAAGGACAAAAAAGGACCGUCAAGCAUUCUCAAUGAUCGCGAGGAGGCUCGUAUUGUCAACUGGAUGGAAAUUGCCGCUCGCACUGGAUUCCCCGUAACUGUGAAGCAGCUGAGAGUGAGUGUAGCUCAAUUUGUCAGGCUGACGAAAAAAAUCACUCCUUUCAAAGAUGGCAUACCAGGCCGGAAGUGGUCGAAAUUGUUUCUGCGAAGGCAUAAACAAUUUUCGUCGCGAAAACCAAGCAUUCUCGCAAAGCACCGGGCCACUGUAACUGAACCACAAAUUCGUAACUGGUUCAAAGAAGUUCAUGAAUACUUGAAGGAAAUAAAUAUGACGGAUUUGUUGGACCAGCCAGGGCGAAUCUUUAAUCUGGAUGAAACAGCAUUUCAGUUGGUCGUGAAGAAUCAAAAGUGUUUGGCACCAAAGGAAAUGCGUCAUCUGCACACAGUUUAUGCAAACAACGACAAAGAAAGUUACACUGGUCUUUUUACUGCUUGUGCCGAUGGCCGGCUGCUCCCUCCAUUGGUCCUGUUCCCAUACAAGCGUAGAAUUCCUGCAGAAAUUAGUUUGAGUGCCCCUCAUGAUUGGGGAGUUGAUAAAACCGACAGUGGAUGGAUGACCGGUCAAGCUUUUUUUCAGUUCCUCAAAACGAUAUUUCAACCAUGGCUUGUGCGGGAAAACAUACAGUUGCCAGUUGUCCUCUUUGUUGAUGGACACAAGAGUCAUACAACACUGAUGACCACAGAAUUCUGUACAGAAAACCAAAUAAUCCUUGUCGCUCUGUACCCAAACACAACUCAUCUAACACAACCGCUUGAUGUCAGUUUCUUCGGCCCUUUGAAGAAGUACUGGCAAGAACAGAUUCUAAAAUACCGGAAGAAAUAUGGAAUGAUUCCAAUAACUAAACCCCAAAUUUGCCCGCUCAUAAAGGAAGCACUCCUCAAUUUCACGUCCAAAGAGAGAGCUAUUCGGAGCGGAUUCAUGCGGAGUGGAAUCUAUCCGUGGUGCCCUGAUGCAAUAAACUACUCGUCUUUACCGUCAAAUGCAAGUAUGGAUGAGUCAAAUGAUUCAUCAAAAGCAAUGGAAUUUCCAGAAGUGAAGUUGAUUCGACUGCUAGAGAGCAGGCUCACCAUACAACAGUUCCACGAAUUCCAGCAGCAAGAGAAAUCUGUUGAGUGGCCUGGUAAUAUUUGUGACACCAACCUUUUUUACCUGUGGAGAAAUUUGAAAAUCACUUAUAAUGAUCUUACCAACAAUGCUCAGGAAGACAACGUGAGCAACAACUUAAAGGAAAACCAAAUGUCGGACGAUGAAAGCGAUUUUGAAGGAUUUGCAGAAGAUGAAAUCGAUUGUCGGGGUGCUGAACAGCAAGCAGAUUUCAGUCGAGUUGCAUCAGUCGGAAGCAAAUCAAUAGAAGAUGCUGCACCGGAAAACAAUGAGAGCGAUAAGGAGAAUGACGAAGAUGCGGCGUUCAGCAGCUCAUUCAGCCUACCAACGACUACGAAACCGACUCGUAGGCGGGAGAUUUUGCGCCCACCGACUGUUGCAACGAGCAAACAAUUCGCGCAGUUUAUGGAAGAGAAGGCGAAAAAGAAAGACGCGGUUGAAUUGGAGAAGCAGCAAAAGCGUAAAGAGCGUGAAUUGAAGAGAGCUAAAAAGGAAGCAGAAAAACAGAAUAAGAAAAGAAAACCCAGGAAUAUUCGUCCGAAGCCACGAUCACAGAAUGUUCAGAAUUAAAACGAAGAAAGGAACACAAAUGAUUUGUUUCGUUACAUAAAAGUUAAAUAAACGUUGAUUUCUCAAUUUGGAUUAUUAAAAUCACUAAUACUAAGUAGAAACACUAUAUUUCAUGUUAUUGUCCGUCUUUAUUUGAAGUCAUUAUCAAGCUGAAAAAUAUUCAAAAUGCUUUCUUAUUGGGGCACACAUCUAGUACGCUACGUAACAUUCAUAAAUAAUAAUUUCUUUAUUAUUACCAUGGUUGUUCUAGCGUUAAAACAUUGUCACACAUUAUGGAAUUUACCUUCCUAUGUAAUGGUAACGUAAUUAGUGAGUGACCCCUUCUAAUUUUUGCUAAUGAUGUUUAUGAUUACUUUAGGGGUGAUAAUAGUCUUGGUUUCAUAAGGAAAAUCCACUCAAGGAGACGCAUUUACACAUUAUGUAAAGUGAGCGGAAAUUGGAACAUUCAUGAGCGGUAAUUGGAACACAGUGCUUUAUCGUGAGCGGCUAUUGGCACAUCUAGUGUCAACAAAAAACCUUACGAAAAAAAUAUUUUUUUCCAAUUUUUAUGCUAUUUCAUAUUUUUGCCUCAUAUUAAUAGUAAUGAUGGACUUAUUGCAAUAAAAAAAUAAAUCAUACUCGCUUUGUCAUAAAAUAGAUAAUUUUUCAAACAUAAAUUGUGCCUUAGAUGAGCGGAAUCUGGUACACUGAUGGUACUUGGGCUCACUGGUGACCGUCGACAACGACACCAGCAGAGAAAUUCAGAGGCGCAUUGUGGCAGGAAAUCGUGCUUACUUUGGACUCCGCAGAACUCUACGAUCGAAUAAAGUUCGCCGUAACACAAAGUUAACUAUCUACAAAACGCUGAUUAGACCGGUCGUCCUCUAUGGGCACGAAACAUGGACCCUACGUGCAGAGGGCCAACGCGCCCUUGGAGUUUUCGAACGGAAGGUGUUGCGUACCAUCUACGGCGGAGUGCAGAUGGAAGACGGGACUUGGAGAAGGCGAAUGAACCACGAGCUGCAUCAGCUGCUGAGAGAACCAACCAUCGUCCACACCGCGAAAAUCGGGAGGCUACGGUGGGUGGGACACGUCAUCCGGAUGUCGGAUAGCAACCCGACUAAAAUGGUUCUCGAGAGUCAUCCGACCGGUACAAGAAGACGUGGAGCGCAGCGAGUAAACGACGAUCUGCGGACCCUACGCAGAGUGCGGAACUGGAGACAAACAUCCAUGGACCGAGUGGAAUGGAGACAGCUACUAUGUACAGCAGAGGCCACCCCGGCCUUAGCCUGAUCGGUAAGGUAAGGUACAGGUUGUUAUUUGAUGUUUUGUGCCUACUCACGGACAGUGACAAGCGAUUCCUAUGUCACUCCAAUUUCAAUGUUGCCGGAGCAGCAGGGGUAGGACUGCGUUUCAUGAAGAUUUCAAAAAGACGCGUGCUGUUCGUUGCGACAGCUGACAUUAACUUUAAGUUUGUUUUUGCAGAGGCGAAUGACCUAAGUUAAACCCUCUUAGAAGCUUACCCAUCGAGCAGUUUUGUCUUCGGCCACCAUAAGCGGCAUCACACUCACGCUAUGGAUCACAAGCGUGCUUUUUAACAGAGCCGAGGCAUUGGGUACAUUAGCGGUCGGUGUAACUCGCAAAGGACCUUAAGAAAGGUGCAAUUCGGUGGCUCUGGCCCAAAAGGAACGGGACCUUUUUGACCGAAGAGUGAAGUGCGUUCGACGCACGAAAGUAGGAGUGAUCUACUCAGACGGACAGCUUCUUUAUGGCGCUGGAACCUACGCAGCUGUAUGAACGAAGCAGUGAGGGCACGAGGUGCUCCAGUGUGUGCAACCCCGUAAAAAAUAAAUACUAAAACAAAUUACUUUCUAAUAAG